AUGGAAUUUAAAUUAAGAGCAGCAAAUGAAGGUGAUAUAAAAUCAAUUCAAGAAAUAUAUAGCUUUUAUGUAGAAUUUGAAAUUUGCACAUUUGAAGAGGAAAUACCAUCAGAAGAUGAAAUUUUAAAAAGAUAUAAAAGUAUUACAGGUAAUGGUUAUCCAUAUAUUGUUGCAACCACAAAAAGUGCAGAUGAAAGCAGUGAAACUGUUGUAGGUUACGCAUAUGCAUCUGCUUUUAGACCAAGAAUAGCCUAUAGAUAUACUGUUGAAGAUUCAAUUUAUAUAAGCAAAGAUUAUAAAGGUUUGGGCGUUGGAAAAUUAUUAUUAUCUGAACUUAUAAAGCUUUGCAAAGAAAAAGGUUAUAAACAAAUGGUUGCUGUUAUUGGAGGUUUUGAAAAUGUAGGAUCAAUAGUUUUACACGAAAAAUUAGGUUUCGGAAAUAAAAGUCACCUUAAAGAUGUUGGUUUUAAAUUCGAUAAAUUUAUUGAUACAGUAACAUUACAAUUAGCAUUAUAA